AUGGACGGCAAAAGACACCCCAGCUCGUUCCAGCAAUUGGAGAAAUUGGGAGAGGGAACAUAUGCAACGGUCUUCAAAGGUCGCAAUCGCCAGACGGGCGAGCUCGUCGCGUUGAAAGAAAUCCACCUCGACUCCGAGGAAGGCACCCCCUCGACCGCCAUUCGUGAGAUCUCCCUCAUGAAGGAGCUCAAACACGAGAACAUUGUCGGCCUCCACGAUGUCAUCCACACCGAGAACAAGCUGAUGCUCGUCUUCGAGUACAUGGACGGGGACCUGAAGCGGUACAUGGACACACAGGGCGACCGAGGCGCACUGAAGCCGCACACCAUCAAGUCCUUUAUGUACCAGCUACUCAAGGGCAUUGACUUUUGCCACCAGAACCGAGUCCUACACCGAGAUCUGAAGCCGCAGAACCUGCUCAUCACCAGCAAGGGCGUCCUGAAACUCGGUGACUUUGGUCUCGCACGCGCCUUUGGCAUCCCCGUCAACACCUUCUCGAACGAGGUUGUCACACUCUGGUACCGCGCGCCCGACGUGCUCCUCGGGUCGAGGACGUACAACACGAGCAUUGACAUUUGGUCGGCAGGAUGCAUCAUGGCCGAGAUGUACACGGGCCGCCCGCUGUUCCCGGGGACGACCAACGAGGACCAGAUUUUGCGCAUCUUCCGCAUCAUGGGCACUCCUACCGAGCGCACGUGGCCCGGCAUCACCCAGCUGCCCGAGUACAAGCCUAACAUGCAGAUGUACGCCACGCAGGAUCUGCGCCAGAUCCUCGCCACCAUCGACCCGACCGGCAUCGACCUUCUCCAGCGCAUGCUCCAGCUGCGACCGGAGUUGCGCGUCAGCGCCCACGACGCUCUGCAGCACCCAUGGUUCAGCGACCUGGUGAUGCACCAGCACCAGCAACAGCAACAGCAACAGCAUCACCACCAGCAACAGCAGCAGCAGCAUCACCAUCAGCAACAACAAGCACACCACAUGCACCAACAGCAGCAGCAGAUGCAGGCCCAGGCCCAGGCGCAAGCGCAGGCUCAGGCCCGUGCCUACCAAGGAGUGCCUGCCCAGGGGUAUGACGGUAGUUACUAG